CGGUCCGGUUCUUACAACUAUGGUUAGACUAAUCGAACUAGAGCGAUUCGAUGAUCGGUCCGGUUUUCUGAACCUUGCUGAUAAUUGAUAGCACCCCACCCCACCCCUUUUUCCGUCUCUCUCUCACACCAGCAGAAAACCCUAAUCCCACCCAAUCCUCUCUUCUCUUCGAAUUCGAAGAACAGCCACCACCCACCAUCCCACUUCUAAGCUCAAACCCAUCACCGGACCCUUCUCUCCCUUCUCUCUCUGUCGCUCUCUCUGUCCGAGCUCUCUUUGUCGUCGUGGGUCGUCGCCACUUUGCUGCUCUUGCCGUGGGUCGUCGCUGCUUCUCUGCUCCUCGCCCUGGGCUGUCGCCGCUUCUCCCCUCGUCAUUUCUGCUUCUCCCCUCCUUGCUGGCAUCGUUUCUGCUUCUAUGCUCCAAACUGUGUCUCACUGUCGUUGCUUCUCUUCUUCGCGUGGAGUCUCGCAGUCAAAGCGACUACCUUUCAUCGUGUCUCAAGUUUCUAGUCUCUGCUUCAACCCUCUCAGGUCUAAGGUCUCAAGUCUCUUCUUCUCUGCUUCAAGCCUUCAUGCCUCUCAGAUCCCCAACAACCGCCGCAAAAUGACUCGCCAAGGAGCUUAUAAAGAAAGCGAUGACAUGCUCAUUGAUGAACCAAAACUGCCUCAGCAAGGCCAAAUCGCGGCCCUUCCUAAUGAGUUCAACCCCAGUUAUCUGAAAAUAUAUUACAGUAAGCUGUUUCCUCAUGCUGAUUUAUAUAGAUGGAUGUCAUACGGCAACGAUGGGAAGCAUCCUGCUUGUGAUUCAUCUUACUUGGGACGAAGGGAAUUCUCGUACACCCUAGAUAACGAUAUAUUUGUGCGCUACAAUACCUUCAAUAGUGCCACCGAACUUGAAAACUCCAUCAAAGACAAGUGCCCGUUAAAGAUAGAUAUUGGACCCAUCUACAACCUCAACCCUGCACAUAGGAAUGCUUAUGCUGGAGAUAAUGUUCUCACUCCGGUUGAGAGGGAGCUGAUUUUUGAUAUAGAUAUGUCAGAUUAUGAUGAUGUUAGAUACUGCUGCUCAGGUGCUGAUGUUUGUCUCAAUUGCUGGCCAUUAAUGACUGUAGCUGUCAAAGUAAUAGAUACUUCCUUAAGAGGUAAUUUUGUGCAUUUUAUACAUACUUUGUCUCUACAUAUUUUCAAAUGUUACCAUUACACUUACAGGUUGACUAAUGAGCAGAGAGCAGCAGUUGCGGACUAUUUUCGUGUCUACAAGGGAAAUGAAAAUAACUAUAAGAAGGUUUCCUUGAUGGGUCAAGUUCUGCAUCCCUUUCUGGCGAGAUCAUAUACUGAAGUUCUCAAGGAAUAUUUUGAGACAAAACUGCUUACAAGUCAAAAUUUACUUUCUAGCGAGGAGAGAUAUGAAAAGAUCCUAGAGAUGAUUCCUGAUCAAUCUAUUGCUUCUGAACUUCGAGGAAAGUGGCAAGAAAGUAGGCGGUCUUCUAGUGCAAAAGAAGACAUUAAUAUUGUUCGAUGGGAGCAGCUUAAACAGUUGCUGCAAAAACAUAAGGCACAAGGGGUGCGUAGGUGUGUUGAAGAGAUUGUGUUCACCUAUACAUUUCCUAGGCUUGAUAUGGAGGAAAUGUGGACUUCAAUGCUAACAUGUACCAAGGAUGGAACACUCAAAGAUGGGAGGAGCCUCAAGGAAUUGAUCACUCCUAUUAGCAACAACAUCCGGAUACUUAUAGGUAUAAUUCCCAUCCUAAUGCAUGUCAAUUUAAUGGCUAUGAUGACUCUUCUUGUGAUACUCAACAACCACCAUCAUAUGCCUAUGAAUCUCAUCCUCAACAUGAACCUCAACCAUUCUCACAAGCCUUUCCAUACCAAGCACCUUCCUAUAAUCCAUAUCCAUCAUAUGACCAAUCAUCCAUACCAUACUUUUAUGACCAUUUUGAGCAAGAGCCCUUAGAACCACUACAAUCCU